AUGGCUCCUACUGCCCCCGCCGCAGCUGCCAACUCGCCCGCGAAGAAGACUUCAGCGCCAGAGAAGAAAUACAAAUGUCAAUUCUGCAAUCGUGCUUUCAGCCGAAGUGAGCACCGCAGCCGACACGAACGAUCACAUACUAAAGAACGACCUUUCAAGUGCUUGAAAUGUCGCAGUACCUUUGUCCGCCGAGACCUGCUCCUUCGUCAUGACCGCACCGUUCACGCAAAGGAUGGAGGUGUUCCUUUGGUUAGUGAGGGCCGCAGGCGUGGUGGGAAUGGUGGUGUACAGAAGAGCUCGCCUGCUCCUGCCGCGUCGUCCAGCAAGCCUUCCAUUACCAUCGAUCCAGCCACCCUCGAGCAGAUCGAGGCAAGCAGCGACGGUAUGGUCGAUCUUGAAACUGCAGCCAUGUUGAUGACAGACUUCCAACACAAGGCCGCCGCAGCCGCUACCGGUCACGUCCAAGAUCGUACGGGCUCGGAGCCUUCGUUUUCGCCUGGCCGUGGCUCUCUUCUGGACCAGCAUGCAUCGUACCUGUCUGGCAACGCGACGCUUCCGCAAAUGCCAUGGGAUUCUCUCCUCUCGCCUACCGAGACCAAGCAUCAUCCGAUGUCGAGUUUUACAUCACAAGACGGAGGCGCACAUUCCCACCAGAUGUCUAUGAUGGAUCGACACAUGUCGGCUAGAGAUACGCUCGCUCCAUCUCUGCACACUCUCAUGGACUCACUCCCCGUAUCUGGAAACUCGACUCCAAAUGCGCUCUCGCCCUACCCUUCUAUGACUGGCCCUGUCAGCCCUGUCAACUAUCGGCGGUCCCCAGGGCCUAGUCAGGCUCUAACUCUACCAAAGGCGCCUCAACUUGCUAACGAAAUAGAGAGACAACGUAUCGUGGACAACAUCAAGAGUGCCGACGGCCUUUCAACCUUACCAGAGGGCUUUCAACUCCCAUCUACCUCGGCCCUGAACAAGUACCUGUCCACGUAUUUCAAUCUCUACCAUCACCAUCUCCCAUUCUUGCACCAGGGAUCGUUCAGGCCUACCGAAGCUUCACCACCGUUGUUGCUUGCCGUCUUAUCUAUUGGUGCUCUGUACACAUUUGAACGGGAGCAUGCCUUUAUGUUGCACGUCGGUUCCAAAGUCCUUGUCAACCAGUUCUUGCAACAGAAGGAUAACUUCGACUCGCGAAAAUGUCCCUUAUGGGCCAUGCAAAGUACGUUACUGAACAUGGUUUUCGAGAGUUGGAGUGGUGAUCCCAAGGGCUUGGAAUGGACCUGCUCGAUCAAGAGUCUGCUGGCUAAUAUGGUCGCUGGCAAUCGUUAUCAGUUAAAGCUUCGCACCGAGGCUCGUGAAGGCCGACACCCUAGUCGUGAACAGUGGAUUGAAGACGAGUCGUGCCGCAGAACAUACUAUGCUGUUUAUAUCUUCUUCGGCAUGCUCACUUUGACUUUCAACCACACCCCUGCCAUGAGCUUUGACGAAUUGGACAGCUUGGAGUUGCCUUCGUCGGAGUCUUUGUGGAAUAUGGACGUGACUGAUGAGGAGUCCUGGCGCCAAACGCUCAGUGCUGUCAUUCCGGUCAAUAUUCGUGAGGCCCAUGAUCGUUUAUUCCAGGGUGAACAGACCCGGUACAGCGCCUUUGCUACUCGCGUCAUGAUUAAUGCGCUGUUCCUUCAAGUUUGGAGCCACAAACGCAGCUUUGAGGCUCUCCAGGACGUCGUGACAGAGUACAAGCUUCGACUCGCGCUAGAGACAUGGGAAAAUUCUCUUGAAUUGUGUGAAGCAGAAACUAUUGUGGUUCCCUUGAGUACUCCUCAGAAGGGCCACCCUUUGAUUUUCAACUCCAUGGCUAUCUACCGCAACACACGCGCUCGGUUGGAAGUUGAUCUCAAGUCCGUUCAAGAGGCUCUCCGCUACCAUUCCUCCUACGAAGUAGCUGCCGCCAUGACUGUUGCACGCGACAAGGUGAAGCGCUCUCCAGAGAUGAACAAGGUCAUCCAACAGUGCUUUGAAUGCAUUGAGAUUGCUGCCGUUCAAGGAAUCAAUUGGGUUGCCAAAACUUCUGCCACCAACUGGAGCGUCGAGCACCCACUGUGCGGCCUUGACCUAAUGGUUAUUCUCAGCUUAUGGCUCUAUCGCCUGGAACAUGACGAGGAGCCAGCCACUGAAGCCGAAAUUGCAAUUUACAGCAAGGUGCGCAACCUCUUUGACGACGACGCAAUCGAUGCUUUUGGUAAACUGAGCUCAACCGUCUCUCGUGUUUGGGGUAAUAUUCUCGACGGUGUCGUUGUUUGGGGAAUAACCAAACUCAUGGGCGAAUCUUUCAAGCUUCACUCGCAGGCUUUGGUGGGCUACGAGGACUCUCUGCAGGUAGCCAAAGACCAGCCUCUUCACCCGAUGCCAACCAAAAGUCUUGCAAGUGUCGGCACCGCCUACUAG